UUGGAGGCUGGCAGCGAUGAGGAUCGAAAGGUAAACCUCAGUUUAAGUGAGAGCUUUUUCAUGGUGAAAGGAGCAGCCCUCUUCUUACAACAGGGAAACAGCCCUCAGGGCCAGCGGAGUCUUCAGCACCCCCACAAGCAUGCAGGUGACCUGCCCCAACAUCUGCAAGUAAUGAUCAACCUUCUGCGUUGUGAAGACAGAAUCAAGCUGGCCGUGCGCUUAGAGAGUGCCUGGGCGGAUCGCGUCCGCUACAUGGUGGUGGUGUACAGCAGCGGGCGGCAGGACACGGAAGAGAAUAUCUUGCUGGGAGUUGACUUCUCCAGUAAGGAAAGUAAGAGCUGUACCAUCGGGAUGGUUCUCCGACUGUGGAGUGACACGAAGAUCCACCUCGAUGGAGACGGUGGGUUCAGCGUGAGCACAGCCGGGAGGAUGCACAUAUUUAAGCCCGUAUCUGUCCAGGCCAUGUGGUCUGCCCUGCAGGUGCUUCACAAGGCCUGUGAGGUGGCUCGAAGGCACAACUACUUUCCCGGCGGCGUGGCACUCAUCUGGGCCACCUACUAUGAGAGCUGCAUCGGGUCGGAGCAGAGCUGCAUCAACGAGUGGAAUGCCAUGCAGGACCUGGAGUCCACGCGGCCCGACUCCCCGGCGCUGUUUGUUGACAAGCCCACUGAAGGGGAAAGGACUGAGCGUCUCAUCAAAGCCAAACUGCGAAGCAUCAUGAUGAGCCAGGAUCUCGAAAAUGUGACCUCCAAAGAAAUCCGUAACGAGUUAGAGAAACAGAUGAACUGUAACUUGAAAGAAUUCAAGGGAUUCAUAGACAACGAGAUGCUGCUUAUCUUGGGACAGAUGGACAAGCCUUCCCUUAUCUUCGAUCACCUGUAUCUCGGUUCUGAAUGGAAUGCAUCCAAUCUGGAGGAGCUACAGGGCUCAGGGGUUGACUACAUUUUAAAUGUCACCAGAGAAAUAGACAAUUUCUUUCCUGGUUUGUUUGCAUAUCACAACAUCCGAGUCUAUGAUGAAGAGACCACAGACCUUCUUGCCCACUGGAACGAAGCAUAUCACUUUAUAAACAAAGCAAAGAGGAACCAUUCCAAGUGCCUGGUUCAUUGCAAGAUGGGUGUCAGCCGAUCCGCGUCCACAGUCAUAGCUUAUGCGAUGAAGGAAUUUGGCUGGCCCCUGGAAAAAGCAUAUAACUAUGUGAAGCAGAAGCGUAGCAUCACGCGACCCAAUGCGGGCUUUAUGAGGCAGCUGUCUGAGUAUGAAGGCAUCUUGGAUGCAAGUAAGCAGCGGCACAACAAACUGUGGCGCCAGCAGGCAGAGAGCAGCCUCCAGCCGCCUGUGGAUGACCCUGCGGAGCCCAGCGGCUUCUCACCAGAGACCCUGGACGGCACCCCAGCAGACAGCCGGCUGUCCUGCUUGGAUGAUGCCGCCCCACCCGGGCUCCCGGGAAGCCCCAGCCCAGGAGGGCCCGCUCUCCCCUGCUGCUUCCGGAGACUCUCAGACCCCCUCCUCCCUUCCCCCAACUAUGACACUGGCGGCCUGGUGCACCUGGAGGACCUGGAGAGGGAUGCUCUGCUGGAGGAUGCGACCCAGCCCGCGGAGGCGCCCAGGCUGGCCAGGCGAGCCCAGGAAGGUGCUGCGCUCUGUGAGAAGGAUGUGAAGAAGAGACUGGAGUUCGGGAGCCCCAGAGCCCACAGCGGCUCCUCGCCACAGGUGGAGGAGAUGGAAAGGGAGGAGGGGCCGAGGUCAGGGAGGCGGGCGCGGCCCCCAAGCCAACCUGACAGAAGCCCGCUCAACUGGGAGAACCUCAACAACAACAACAGCAAGAGGAGCUGCCCCGACGACUUCGAGCACGAUGCCACAUUUGGGAUCCUCACCAAAGUCAAGCCUUCCUACAAAUCCUGUGCCGAUUGCAUGUACCCUGCAGCCAGCAGGGCUCCUGAGGCCUUCAAGGAGCAAAGUGAGGACCCUAGUGCUCCUGCCAUCUGCACCCAGCCCGCCCUCCUGCCCCACAUCACCUCUUCCUCUAUGACCCAUGUGUCCGGCAGGUCCCGAGCUCUGGAGAAGCCAACCUCUGGUACAGCCGACUCUCCCCCAUUGCUACCACCAGCAGCUUCAAGGAGACCAGAGAGCAGUGGCAGUGUGGCUGGGGCUGGCCAAGAGCUACCACCUAGCCUCCUGGAAUCUUCCAGAGAGACCCCAAAAGUCCUGCCCAAGUCCUCCCUGCUGAAGAAUUCCCACUGUGACAAGAACUCCCCCAGCAUGGAAGUGAAGGAAGAUCUGCUACCCAAGAAGGAGCUGAAGCCAGCUAAGGACCUGAGGCUUCUGUUCAGUAACGAGUCCGAGAAGCCAACAACCAACAGCUACCUGAUGCAGCACCAGGAGUCCAUCAUUCAGCUCCAGAAGGCAGGUCUGGUCCGCAAGCACACCAAAGAGCUGGAGAAGCUGAAGAGCCUGCCUGUGGAUGCAGUGUCUCCGUCCAGGGACGGCGUCGCCAGCAGGCUGGAGGACAGCAUCCCCGAGGAGAGCCCGGAGUUGGCUUCGCUCCAGGAGCCACAGCCCCCAGCUCUGCCUGGCCGGGUAGGAGGUGAUGAGAAGGCGGAGGCCACUCCGCUGCCGCCGGAUGGAGCCUUGCUGAAGAGCCCCCCUCCCUUCCUCUCCCGCCUGGACCACACCAGUAACUUCUCCAGAGACUUCCCGAAGACCAUCUGCUAUACUCCCACGUCGUCGUCCAUGAGCUCCAACCUGACACGGAGCUCCAGCAGCGACAGCAUCCACAGUGUCCGGGGGAAGCCAGGGCUGGUGAAGCAGCGCACCCAGGAGAUUGAGACCCGACUCCGGCUGGCAGGCCUCACUGUCUCGUCCCCACUCAAGCGCUCCCACUCUCUUGCCAAGCUGGGAAGCCUCAACUUCUCAACAGAAGACCUGUCCAGCGAGGCCGACACAUCCACUACCGCCGACUCCCAGGAUGCCAAGUGCAGCAAGUCUUCCUUCUUGCAUGAACCCCAGGCCACCCCAAGGAACCCAGCUGCAACCUCCAAACCAUCAGGGAAAUCUGCCCCAGAAAACUUGAAAAACCUCCUGAGGAUGAGCAAAAGCUGACCCCCGCCCCACUUUGCUUCACUGGACUUAACACUUCCGUACAGUCCCUCCCUUAGUUUCAUGUGGGUUCUGAUCCAUCCCUUACAUCUUGAUUUGUCUUAAACAACCAAAGUCAUCCAGGCUUUCCUCCCUCUUACCAUGGGAGGAGGAGAACACAAAUAAUUUACAGCACAAGAAGAAAGGAGAGGUAGCAGGGUGUGGCCUGGGAGAUCCAGAAAUUUCGGCCAGGAGAUACACACCUUGUACUGUUUCUAAGAAGAAUCAUGCAUUAAAGAACACAUACAGGUAGGCACACACAUCCAAAAUACUCCAUUUGCAGCCUGCAGAAGAGUCGUGGUGACAUCAUCACCAUGGUCCACGGUUCCUCCGGCCCUCUUGGAAGAACUCUGGGAUGGCACCAUGAGUCCUACCUCUGUUCUUGCUAUGCUCUUUGUUUUUAAAAUACAAUAAUGACCAAGGCUCGUUCCAAGGAA